UUCAGGUCAAAGUAACAUCCAGUCAGGCUUUGCAUGGCAUGAGGCAGAAACAGGAUUUUCUAGCGUGGCAGCAAGUGGAGUAGUGGAUAUUGUGGAUAUUGUGGAGGAGACCUGGGUGCAGACACAGCAUCCUGUUGUGCCCACAGGCAUGUGGACCAGCUCUGAGAAGUGGCAUGUGGCAAGGCUGGGUCGGUGGAGACCCAGAAGCUUCAUGUCUGGGGAGGCAAAAGAAGAAGCUGAGCACAGACAGGCAUCUCCUAAUUUUUAACAAAUUCUCAUUGUAAGGAAAUUACUUUUUCCUGGAGGCUGAUAAAGGUACUCUGCAAACUGUUUGUCUUCCAGACCCCUUGCCAUGAUGAUUCCACCAUCGGCACCAAGCCCUGUCAGCGAUGCUGCCCUCUUGUCAGGGGUGGCUUCUCAGGAAGUCUGGAGGCCGCCAGUGCCGGGCUAUUCUGGGCUGCCCACCCGGCACAUCAGUCACCGGGCCAACAACUUCAAGAGACACCCGAAAAGGAGGAAGCACAUCCGGCCUUCGCCGCCGCCGCCCCCGAACACUCCCUGUCCCAUGGAUCUGGUUGACUUUGGGGAUCUCCAGCCUCAGAGGUCUUUCCUGGAGCUCCUUUUCAAUGGGUGCAUUCUCUUUGGGCUUGAAUUCAGCUAUGCCAUGGAAACAGCCUACGUUACCCCUGUGCUGCUCCAGAUGGGGCUGCCAGACCAGCUCUAUGGAAUGGUGUGGUUCAUCAGCCCUAUAUUAGGGUUUUUGCUACAGCCUUUGCUGGGAGCCUGGAGUGACAGAUGCACAUCAAGAUUUGGGAGGAGAAGACCUUUCAUUCUGGUUUUAGCAGUAGGAGCGUUGCUUGGGCUCUCACUUAUGCUGAAUGGCAAAGAUAUAGGGAGUGCCUUGUCUGACACUGAGAAUAACCACAAAUGGGGGAUCAUCCUUACAGUCUGUGGUGUUGUCCUCAUGGACUUCAGUGCAGAUUCAGCAGACAAUCCCAGUCAUGCCUACAUGAUGGAUGUGUGCAGCCCAGUGGAUCAAGACAGGGGCCUCAACAUCCAUGCUUUGUUAGCAGGUCUUGGAGGUGGCUUUGGUUAUGUUGUUGGAGGAAUACACUGGGAUAAAACCAGUUUUGGAAAAGCUGUAGGAGGGCAACUUCGUGUCAUCUAUGUCUUCACCUCAAUUGUACUGACUAUUGCUACUGUGCUGACUCUAGUUAGCAUUCCAGAGAGACCCUUAAAGUCCUCUAACAGGAAGAAAAAGGUGAUGAAAAGUCCAAGUCUUCCUCUCCCUCCUUCUCCACCUUUCUUCUUUGAGGACAGUGUAAAUGAAAACUCUGCUUCUCAUAACUCAGCUCACUUACAUGCAAGUUUUACGAGUCCUGUUUCCCCCAUGAGCCCACUCACGCCAAAAUACGGGAGUUUUAUCAGCAGAGACAAUUCUUUGACAGGACUUAAUGAGUUUGCAUCAUCCUUUGGGACUUCAAAUAUUGACAGUGUGCUUAUAGACUGUUUUACAGGCGGGCAUAAUAGUUACAUGACACUUCCUGCUAGUUUGUCCAGGCAGCCUGUCAGUGUGAGCUUUCCUCGGGUGCCUGAUGGCUGUUACCAUGGAGCAAAUGGAAUUCUGGAGCAAGGGGAAAGCAGCUUAACAUCAGGGUCUGAUAGUGAUGUGCUGAGAGUGGGCUCACUGGAUGCAAUAAAGCCACGGUCAUCGGGGAUCUUGAAAAGACCUCAGACCUUGGCCAUUCCAGAUGCUGUAACAGGACACUGCCCAGAGAAUAACAGAAGAAGAAAUGUAACCUUCAGCCAACAGGUUGCUAAUAUCCUGCUGAAUGGGGUGAAGUACGAGAGCGAGCUGAACGAAUCGGGCGAGGCCUCGGAGCAGCCCCUGUCUGUGAAGCUGCUGUGCUCAACCAUCUGCCACAUGCCCAAGGCUCUGCGGAACCUCUGCAUCAACCACUUCCUAGGGUGGCUUUCAUUUGAGGGGAUGUUACUCUUUUAUACUGACUUCAUGGGAGAAGUAGUGUUCCAAGGGAACCCAAAAGCACCUCACAACUCAGAUGAGUAUCAGAAGUACAACACUGGGGUCACCAUGGGCUGCUGGGGAAUGUGCAUCUAUGCAUUCAGUGCUGCUUUCUAUUCAGCCGUGCUGGAGAAGCUGGAGGAGCGGUUUAGCACACGGACCCUGUACUUUGUGGCAUAUUUGGCCUUUGGGCUGGGCACGGGCCUGGCCACGCUCUCCAGGAAUGUCUACGUGCUGCUGUCCCUGUGUGCUACCUACGGCAUCCUGUUCGCCACGCUCUGCACGCUGCCCUACUCCCUGCUCUGCGACUACUACCAGAGCCGAGAGUUCGUCGGCUCGCAGGCGGAGGGCACGCGGCGUGGGAUGGGCGUUGACAUCUCCUUGCUGAGCUGCCAGUACUUCCUGGCGCAGAUCCUCGUGGCCCUGGCCAUGGGGCCGCUGACGGCGGCCGUGGGCAGCGCCAGCAGUGCCAUGUACUUCUCCAGCCUGGUGUCCUUCCUGGGCUGCCUCUUCUCCUCCCUCUGCGUCACCUACGAGCUGCUGCCCGCCGAGGAGCUGCCACCCGUCGAGGAGCAGCGCCCGCUCCUGCCCCGCGCGCGGAACGAGUGAACGGGAGAAGCUGCCCCGGCCUCUGCUGCCUCUUUGCCUCACCCUUGGCCUCCCUGUCGCCACAGGCUGUGCCCCCUGGGACGGCAGCAGCGGGCUCGGCACACGGGAAGAAAGGUCUGUGCUGGCUUUGCUGGGCUUUCCCCUGCCGGUGGGAAGGUGAGGGUGAGGCAGCGGCGCCUGGCACUGCUCGUCCUUCCCCGAGGUGGCAGAGGCCUGUCUGUUCUCCCGGGGGACAGCAGCAGGUGCUGGGGCCGUGCCCUCGGGGUGCUGCUAUCCUGGGGUGACUGCCACUGUCCAGCACGGGGCAGGACACCUGCAGGUCUGGUGCCUGGGCAGGACAAGCUCCCUCUGUCACUGCUGCACAGACUGCCACCGUGGGAAUGGUGACGUGCCAGGCUGGGGGCAGAAGGUGCCACCUCCUUGGCCAGGCAGAGCAGCUGUGAUUCCAAGGGCAGUGGUGAUUCCUGGGAGGAGCUGCAGGUCCUACCUGCAGCCUCUGCCCGUGGAAGGCCUGGCUCUGCAGGGUGCUUUUCAAAACUUUGGGAAGGCUGAGAGCAACUGGCCUCGCUCGGGUGGUGUCAGUCCUCUGUCCAGUGCCACGGGCUUCUGCUGCACAGAGCUCCCACCAGCAGAACUGCUACAAGACACCUCUGUGGGCUGCCAGCACUGUGGCCUGGCUCCCACACCCAGCUCUGGGGGUCCUGGCUGUGGUCCCUGGUGAUGUUUGCCAGUACAUGCAUAUUCCAUUCCUCAUUAGAGUUAAUUAAGAUUACAGGAGUUUGUGAUGACUUAGCAGGAGGAUUUGUCCAUAAUCCAAUUCAGCAAUUGUCCAUAAGCCAGUUUUGGGGAGAAAGGUCUUUUCCCAUCAACCUCCCUUGGGCAGAAGGUUACUCUCAAGAACUUUACUCAUAAGAAAAAUCAUUUGUAUGGAAGCCUGCAUCUCAUUGUUCUUGUUUAUACAAUCUUACCUUGGGACAUGCUGAAGUCUGGGGAUCAGUGGCUAAGUGCUUGUCAAUUACAGCUGCAUCUUCCACAUCUCACUGAAACCAGUAAAAGGGCUUUGGGUUUCAUUACCUGAGAGAUUCCUUAAUUAUUCUGAUUUUAGAAGGUGGUGGGUGAGAAUUUUCUCAAGUUCUAGUUAAGACCAGGAGUUAAUUUUAAGUCAUUAAUUAAGCUAUUUCUAAAGCCCCUGUCAGUCUGCCUCUGUAUUUGGGUGGGCAGCCAAGUUCUGCCAAGGCUGGUGGGCAUUUGGUGUUCACAUGUGCUGUGCAUGGCAUCCCUGUAGAGAUGAUAUUUGGCCCCCAGAUCCAGAAGAAGGCUUUUCUCUGGAGAGUCACUCCUUUUAAAUGGGUUGCAUUUCACUGCUCACCUAAGCUGAUUCUGAUCUAUGAUGCCAGUGAAAUAAUGUGUGUAAUCUUUAGUUGUGGUGGCUUACUGUAAUCCAGUGCUGAAAGCAUAAUACAUAACUUGUAAGAACCCCUGGUUUUUAUCAUCUGCUCCCAAUAUUUAUAUUUUAGAAGCAAGUUUCAUAUUACUCAAUGUUGACUUAAACACAAGAAUACUGCUGAAAGUAUGAAGUCAAGCACUCAGACAUAAGGGACUGUCAGACUGAUGAGUACAUUCACCUUUCAUUUCUUUCUUUGGGCUUACAUGGUGUCACACCUGCAGGAAUAUCUGUGCCAUUUCCUUCAUUAUGGGACAGCUGUCUCCAAGAAUGUUCAGGACAAAGCUGGGACAAAUAACAUGAGAAAAAAUGGCAUUUGGCACUUCUGACAAUCUAAAGACUUGACUUUGGAAAAUUAUUCUUUUCUUGUUAGUCUGCUUUGUAAUCUUAAUUUCUCUUCCUUCUCAAACUUUUAAACUCAAAAGCUAUUUUGUUUUUUGUUUGGUCCCACUAGCUAAUGUGGUAUUAGUUCUUAAAAUUUUUUUCUCCUCUCCUAAGUUUUGUAGCCAGCAUUAUUGCACUAAAUGGAUUGUGAGCACUUUACUUUUCCAGGGAGCUGGAGUUGCAGAUGAUUUUGUUGUAAGUGAAAAUCUUCAAAAAAUUCAUAAAAUCAAUGUAUUUGAUUAUAAUGUUUGUCUCCAUUUCCCUCUGUAAAUAAUAUCAACUACAUUUAUGUAGUUAUAAAACUAUUGCUAUGCCUGUAUGCCUUCCCCAGUGGAUUCUAUACGACAUAUUUCUAUUUUAUGGGAUAUGGACUUUAUUUUGCAUAGGUAUUUAUGUAGUGGUACAUACACAGGACUUCUAAGUCAACAUCAGUGUGUUAAUUUGGGGCUUUGAGCAAUACUAGUGGUGUCUGGAAAAGAACCAGAGCCUGUCAUCAUGCAGAGUUAAAAAUUGCACCAAAUCCUUAGAAAUAACUUUAAAAAGAGGCAUUGCUUACUUGCUUCUUCUUUUCCUUUGUCAGACAUUUUGUAUUUUACAGAAAUUACUGUAUAUGGUCACUGGUGAACUGUGAGCUGCAAGGUGAUGUUUCCCUUCUGGAAUCCAAAGGCUUCAAAUAUUCUGUCUAAAUUUGCAAGUUACUGAUUUAAAAAAAAAAAAAGAUGCAUGAGUUUAGGCAGGAAAAUGAUUUUAUGCUGUGCUGUUUUUCAGUGAUGCCUAAAGGUUAAUUUUGAUUAAGUCCAUAUCAUUAAAGGUUGCUUCAUGGCAA